CAACAGCUCGCACCUGGGGUGGCAAGGCAAACGGCCUGAAGCUGGAGGGGAGCUCCCUUUCCGCGGACGGCCCUAUGGCCGAAGAGGUGCGCAAGCUAGUGUCGGCCAUCUGGAGCCUCUUCUGGCUCGCCGUGCUGCUCUACCUGGCCUACUGGGUGGCCUUCUUGUGCGCCUUUUGGUACAUCUUCCUGCUGACGUUCGUGCCGUGCGUGCCAGCGCUCAAGCGGGUCACCGACGGCCUGCACAAGGGCGUGCGCAUGCCCUACAUCUGUUCCGACAACAUGCUGAAUGGCCGCAACAUCACGGACGGAGUCCACCUCAUGCUCAGCUAGCGUCGUAUACUGUCAGACCACACGUCGGAGCUCCAGGGCUUCGCGAGAAAGACUUGAACCAUGACGAACAAAGUCGAUGACUGAAGCUCCUCGUGUGCCUUGUGGACAAUCCGAAUCUGCAAAACCACUCGCUCGGCGGCCGAAUUGAACUUUUCACGUUGUAGUGCAAAAUGGACGCUGUUGGGCUUCACGAACAGACGGCGCGCUCUUGGCACAUCUCCUGGCCUACAGGGCGGAAAGUGCGUCUCGCAACGAGCCGUCAACCGACACGGACCUCUGCCACCCUAUUGACGAAAUUUGCGGACUCAGCGGGCCUCGCGGUGCACACGCGUGAGUAGCCACAGCACGGAGCAAGAAUAAUACUUGCUCCGUCAGCUAAACCAAAAGAACUUUCAAGCGACUGAAACAUGUGGCCUGGCACUGGCCUUGUGCGUAAGAAGGUCGUCAUUGCCUCAUUGGGAUGCCUUUAAUUGGUACUGCAUUAAAUCGACGCUGUUAUCUUGA